AUGCAACAGGAUCGUUUAUCUGAUUGGUUAGUAAAACAUGAGCUAGUUCAUAGAUCUUUGGGCUUCGAUUGCCAAGGAAUAGAAAUAGUACAAAUAAAAACCGAGGAUUGGGAUUCCAUUGCUGUCAUUUCAUAUGUAUAUGGUUACAAUUAUUUACGUUCCCAGUGUGCCUAUGAUGUAGCACCGGGGGGAUUUUUAGCCAGUGUGUAUCAUCUUACGAGAAUAGAGUAUGAUAUAGAUAAACCCGAAGAAGUAUGCAUAAAAGUAUUUGCCCCUAGGAAUAAUCCUAGAAUCCCGUCUGUUUUCUGGAUUUGGAGAAGUGCUGAUUUUCAAGAACGUGAAUCUUAUGAUAUGUUGGGAAUCCUUUAUUAUAAUCAUCCACGCCUUAAACGUAUUUUGAUGCCUGAAAGUUGGAUAGGUUGGCCCCUGCGUAAGGACUAUAUUAUCCCCAAUUUCUAUGAAAUACAAGAUGCUCAUUAA